AUGUCUGCCAAUCAUCUGCUACAGCUUUGUUUGGACAAGGCUCAAGCCCUCUUUUCCCAACUACCGCCUCAUGCUCAGGACUAUCUGUCGCGUCCAUUUGUACGCAAGGCAAUCGCGUUUGUGGCAGCUAUUCAGUCGCUGAGAGUUGUCAACAGAUACUUAUCCCAAAGGGCACAGAACAACUGGGUCCACGCGCGCCCUUGGGAUGCAUCUAAGGAGUUGGUACUUCUGACGGGAGGAAGCAGUGGAAUCGGGAAGCAGAUAAUGCAGGACUUGUCCAAGCUGAAAGUUAAGAUUAUCAUUUUUGAUGUUCAGGAACCCAAGUUUCCUUUGCCAUCGAAUGUGUUUUUCUACAAGGUCAACCUUACAUCUUCUGCCGAAAUCAAAGAGGCAGCUACAACGGUACGGAGAGAUCAUGGUCAUCCGACGGUUUUGAUCAACAACGCCGGUGUUGGCUGUGCGGGAACCAUCCUGGACGAACCGGAAGAGAAGAUACGCCUGACCCUUGAGGUCAACGCUCUAUCGCAUUUCUGGACUGUGAAGGAGUUCUUGCCUAGUAUGAUCAAAAAUGACCAUGGCCACAUCGUGAACAUCGCCAGCUUGGCCAGCUUUGUAGCCAUAGGAGAGUUGGCCGACUACGCUUGUUCGAAAGCUGGGGCGCUUGCCUUCCACGAAAGUUUGACCCAGGAGAUCAAGCACUGGUAUGGCUCAAGAAGAGUGCGCACAAGAUCACGGUUUGGACAGCCAAUUAUGACACCUGAAAAGGUCUCCCAAGCAGUGGUGAAGCAGCUUGUGAACGGAAAUGGGGGCCAGGUCGUUGUUCCCUCGUCUCACGGCUUCGCUUCCAUGAUCCGCGGGCUUCCGAACUGGAUCCAGGAACUCUUGCGAGAUAAUGCCUCGCAAGGUUUGGUCAGAUUGCGGCGCCUGGAGCAGGAGCUGGCGAACUCCCAUUCUCAGGACUCAGACGGAAAACGAGCGGAGACUGCCAAGCUUUUCAACGUCUCCAUCGUACCCGUUCGGAUUCCGAAAGGCCUCGGCAACUCGGCUUCUUAUAUGGGAACUAGACUCCCCUUGCUCCACUCCGGCCUUACAGAGUCUAAUCCUUCCUCCAUAUGCGUUCGGUGUGAGAAAUCAUCUCUUGCCUGCACCGUCUCCCGACAGCAACUACGUGGAGGGCGCCCGCCGAAACAAGGGCUUCCUGGGGUAGCGAAAGAGUCCCUCGCCGUAUGGGACUAUGCCCUAUCUGCGGGUAGCCCUGAGGAGGAAGCUCGGGAGGAACCCCAGCUCGUAAUCAAGUCCAGCUCAGUCAAGGAGUCCGGCGAGCGGUCUCCGGAGUCCACACAUUUGGGUUUUCCUCGGCCCCUAGAGGUUGUGGAUUUCUAUCUUCUAAAUGAUAUAUAUAUGUUUGGAUUCACGUUUGCAGAGGACUUCCAACGAGCUCUGGAAUACUGCCACCUUCAUUCCCCGGGCCUGCUGGAUGAAAUCUUCACUGCUAUCACUAGCGGUCUCUCGUGGGCCCGUUUUGGCUUGCUCACUGCCGAUCAAGUUGAUGUGAGAAGCGGCGCUGCGUCCGUAGGGAAGCUCAGAAAUGCGGUUAUUGCACAUACUCAUGACGCACUCGCAGUUCUCAUGUUGGGGCAGGCAUUGGCUGCGUUUGAUUCCCUGGUUACAUCCACAGGAGCAAUCUCAAUUCUCCGAUGCUCUUUGUACCUUGUUCUCCCAUGGUAUUCGGAUAUUGCUCGCAACCGAUUUAUGGAACCCAUCGCGAUCGCACCCAUCUUGUGGGACACGGUAUGGUGCCUGCUGCAUCGUCAGGUACCGGUGAUCCGACCGCUGUUCAACCGUGCGGGAAUCGUCGAUCGAGUGGCAGGUCUCUGUACAUCGCUGCUCCCGAUCCUCUACGAUCUGUGUAUCGUUAGUCAUCGUCUGGCAGAUGGAUCCGCCCAGGAAACGAUCCUUGAGGGCAUUGAACACCAGAUCCGGAGCUGGUCCCCUGAUAGCCCUGGUACCUGUUUGGAAGCGUACAGCGAAAUAGAGAUAUUAUCAAUGCGCACACAGGCAGUGAUGUAUCGAACUGCUGGUCUUCUUCUCAUCCAUCGACUCCGGUAUCCGCUGACCGUUGAGGAUGCGACCGCAACUGCCCUUGCCAAUGAUAUCCUCGAAGCUAGAACCCAAUUCUUUGCGAAUGCUGGCACCGGUACUAAGUUACAAAAUACCUCUUUCCCCCUGUUCCUUGCCCUUUUAGAAAUUCCCAUCUCGCUGGAAGGGCUCUGGGAGAGCUCGACAUGGCUUCGGACUCGACCAGCCUGUGUGGAUAGUUUGUUUGCCUUCAACCAUUAUUACUGGGCUCAGCGGCGUUCGGGAUUCAAGGGCUCGCUGUUUGACCUCAUAGAAAGCGGUCCCGAAUUUGUUCCAAGUCCAUGA